CCGACGAGCUCUGUUGGAUUGAAAGUCAGCCUUGAGGCCCGUCCGCUGAGGGAAGAAAGAGGGAGAGCGAGAGCGAGAGAGAAAGGAAAACUCGGCGAAAGGAGCUAGCUCUGGCGUAUAUGAGCUGUCAUGGCUGACUCAGAGUGAGGGAUAAUAUUUUUCAACAUACCAACCGUGGCGUGAAAACAAUAGGCAGCAGCAGCAGUCGCACUAAUACAGGAGCGAUGCAGCAGCGGCAUCAGUAGCUCCCAACACAAAGUGAUAGACGGACGGGAGAGAUACGGGCCGCAUCGUAUGCACAGUAUAACAUCGUACAGAGGAGAGCGACAGAGAUAGUCGUGAGUGUCGCGUAGACCUCGAUAUUUUCUUGCUCCGCAGCUGCGCCGCCACCCCCCUCGUACAAAUCUUCCGGAAGGCGCAUCAGAGGAGAGGCGUACGACGAGAGUGAAUAGAAGAUAACGAGCCGCCGCGCGUUUUUCGAUUGUGUGUGUGUGACUUCCUUAUGUUGUUGUUGCCGAGACGCAAACGCGUAUAACGGAGUCUUCGUGAUCCCCUGUACGGCCCCCGUAAAAUGAUGAACGGCUUAAGCCUAAGCGAGUUGUGCUGCCUAUUCUGCUGUCCGCCCUGCCCCUCGAGGAUCGCAGCGAAGCUGGCCUUCCUGCCGCCAGAGCCGACCUACAGCUUCAUCGAGGAUGAAGGCUCCAAGUACACGAUUUCACUGUCCGAGCGAGCCGAGUGGCAGUACAGCGAGCGCGAGAAGGAGUCCGUCGAGGGAUUCUACGCACGAACCUCCCGGGGCAACCGCAUCGCCUGUCUCUUCGUUAGGUGCUCCGCCACCGCGAGGUUCACCAUACUCUUCUCCCACGGCAAUGCCGUAGACCUGGGACAGAUGUCCAGCUUCUACUUGGGCCUUGGCUCCAGGAUAAACUGCAACAUAUUCAGCUACGACUACUCUGGCUAUGGAGUCUCCGGGGGCAAACCCUCCGAAAAGAAUCUCUACGCGGAUAUAGAUGCUGCCUGGCACGCACUCAGGACUAGAUAUGGAAUCAGUCCCGAAAACAUUAUAUUGUACGGACAGAGCAUAGGAACUGUGCCCACCGUGGACUUGGCUUCCAGAUACGAGGUUGGAGCAGUGGUGCUCCACUCGCCUCUCAUGUCAGGCAUGAGAGUUGCCUUUCCAAACACAAAGAGGACCUGGUUCUUUGAUGCUUUCCCAAGUAUAGAUAAAGUACCCAAAGUUACCUCACCAGUACUGGUGAUUCACGGAACAGAUGACGAAGUUAUAAAUUUCAGCCAUGGAUUGGCUAUCUACGAAAGGUGUCCACGAGCUGUCGAGCCUCUAUGGGUUGAGGGUGCCGGUCACAACGACGUGGAGCUUUACAACCAAUAUUUGGAGCGACUCAAGCAGUUCGUAAGCGUGGAGCUGGUAAACUGACGACGACUGAGCCUCUCUCAGGGCCAGGGAGGCGGUGGCGGUGGCGGUGCACCAGUGCAGCAGGCCAACAGUACCAGCAAACAACAGCAGCCAGCGCAAGACCAACAACAAUACCGCCAGGACUCGUUGUCGACUGGUUCUAGCAUCAGUUCGACUACUUCCAGUCCAAGCUCGGCUAGAGCUGUUCGAAUCUCGCCCUCCGUCAAGAAGCUAAACCUCAAUCCUCGUCCAAUCAAUGGCGACACGGCGCCCUUAAAUGACGAGAUAUUCUUCUUCUCGGAGGAACGUCUUAGAUCCAAGCCCGAGAUCAACUCCGACAAAAAGGAGAAGUCCGGAAAUAAGGCAGAUACCAAGCAGAGCUUGGACGAGCCGAAAAAGAGCCCAAACGCCAAUGCGACUAAAAAACCACUGUCGCCCUGUGAGAGCAAAGAGAGAAGUCUUGAUUACCCCAGCACCAGACUGGCUAAUCAAAAGAGCAACGCGCGAGCCAAGAGUUGUAUUACCGAGAAAUCAAGUCUCGUGAAAAUACAGCUUGAGAACUGCUGCAAGGAGUCGGCUAAAUCGCCGAAUGAGCCGCAGGAAAAUGUCUCUGCAGACAAGGAGAAAACGAGUGUCAGUCAACCGGACCACAACUCCGUGGACUUGUUGCCCGAUGGCGAGAGCGCGGCGAUAAAGAAGAGCGAUACCACGACUAAAUGUAGCAAAAAAAGUCCAGAUGACCACCAUGAACAGUCGCAGAACACUACUGCGAAUGUGAAGAAACCCAUCAGAGAUAUCAAGAACAAAUUCACGUGGUGCGGUAGUUGCAAGAGCACGAAGUCAGCCUCAUCGGUAGGACAAGGAUCGAAGACAGCUGCGGCCGCAGCUACUGCCGUAGCCAACAAAAGCAAGCGCACCUCCUCGACGAGUCCGCUGAAGAAACUUAGUCGCUCGUCGUUGACAGCCGACUCCACGGAAAAUAACAAAAUCACGCUCAAUUUGUCCAAGUACUCGCCGUGCGCCUCGCGACUUGCGGCAAGCUCGAAGAUUUUGUCGAGCGAUUCGCUCGGUGCCACCAGUCCAGAGAGCCCGCUGCACGUAGCGCGUUCCAAAAGUCCGGUGCAGCCCAGUCUCUCGCUGAACAUUCAGCAAGAAACGCGGAGGCCGGCUAACAAAACCGGAUCUCGAGUCGUUGGAAGCGGAGCUCAGCCCGCGCGCAGCAAAAGCGUCGGAGGUGGUCCUGAUAGUUGCGUCACAUCACCAGCUAGUGAUGCCCUAAGUUGUUCUCCACCCGGUACUGAAAUUCUCUCGUUGGAAGACGUUUCCACGGGUAACAGCAAGCAGCAACAACAGCAGGCUUCUGCUUUAGAUGACCAGUCGACACCGCGCGCCGUUGCACCCGCCUCAGCAAUCGAGCUGGGCCUAGAUCGAGAAAGGUGGAACGCUAGCUACCGGAGCCCACGCUGAGAGCUCAGCCGGAAAGACUAUGCUGACAGUAGUUCGCCCAUCACCUUGUGCCACUGAGGAGGAAAAAGAAGAAAGACGUCGAAUUUCGUUGAGCAACUGACUCGUGUAGUCUGGCGUUCAUAUGAGGUUUUUAUAUAAGUACACCGAAAGUGUGGCAAUGUCAUGCAGACAGCGCUAAGGGGGCAUUUCCUUCGAGGGAAAGGAGACUGUUGUAGAGUCAAAGUUGCCACCAUUGCGGGGAUUUCUUCCCUUGUGUGUGGAAUUUCUCGUCAGACUGACCGAUGUGUGAAGCGCGUACACGCUGUGAUGUCGUUGCGCGCUACGUCAUAUUAUGAACACGUCGGCGACGCCGGCGUUUAAUACGCCUACGUUUUUUCAACAUGAGUCAUUGAGAAUGAAACCUGUGAAGAACUUCCCGUACUUUUUUUAUAGCCUACUGUGCUAGAUGAAUCUUUCGUGGUUAGAUUAUUGAAGCGAGAUUCAUUCUAACAGCAUCAUUCCAAGGAAAGGUCUUUAAUACUUAGAAUAUUUAAUAAUAAAUAUAGUGCAAAGUACGGGACUUUCUCGAUGGUUCAGCUCUGCGCGCAUUUAAAUUUUUCGAAUUAUUAAAUAUUGAUUUCUUGUUAUCAACAUUUUAGAAUUUAGUUUUGAUUUUACUUUUAGCGUGUUGAGUAUCAUGAUUUGUAAAAGUAAAGCACUACAACGCAUCAUUUACGGAAAUUUAAAAAUAUGUUAAAUUGUUUUUAUAAAAGAAAUGGGAAUUUUUAUGAAAAAAAAUUUGAUACAAAAGUUAAGAGCGGUUGUUUUUCCUUUCGCUUUGCGUAUACGAUAGGUGUUUCUACGGAUAAAAGUACAAAAAAAAACAAGAAUUACGUUGAAACGUUUUUUCACUUUUUUACAAACACGCGUGUAAUUAUCAUUUAGAAUUCUAUAAACGAAGGAAAAAAUCCCUGGCGACGUGACGCAUCCACGGUGCGCUCGUCGUGGAAUGCUGUUACGAUAUAUGAAACAAAAAAUGUUGAGUAUUAUUACAAAAUUAGACAAUCGAUUGACUUGCGAGUAAUGAGAACUUUUCGUCGCGCCAAGGAAACAAGUUUCUUAGCUGUCGCUACACUGUGAUGUUCUGAUCUUCGAUAUUUUGCAAGACGCGCGUGCUGCAUUGACUAAAAUGCUGUCUCUUUGUUAUUUUCUUCGCGUACUGCAAUUAUACGUGUACUAAUAUACUUAUGGAUUUUCAAAGUCUAAUAUGAAAAAUUCGCAUUUGCAACAGAAGUGCCAAAGAACACUGAUUAGAUACUCGACGAUUUUGUCAUUGUUGCCUUUCUAAAUACGGGAGACUUCCAAUUUUGCGUUUCACUUAAAGCUAAUGAUGGUAUUCAAUGAGGUGUCAGUUAUCUUGAAAUAAUAAUUAUUUUAACUCCAUUUUCCUUUCGUUGGUUUAUUAAAAAUAGAAAACUCAAUCCGAUUCAUAAUGUUGUUUGUUCGUACAUAAUCAGAUCUGAACAUUUUUAAGAUUUUGAAAUAGACACUUUUUAAAUAUGAUAACCAUUAAAAAUUAUUCUAGCUGUGUGAUUGCUAUUUGUUUUAAACAAAUCUCAUAUUGGCCAUGUUUAUACGAUAUAUAAAGAUAUAAAUAGAGUAUACAAAGUGUCCAUCUUGAUAGAUAAAACAGAUUCCAAGUUCUGAUUCAGAUUCGCCUAAGAGUUUUCAGUGAUGAUAUUUCAUAAAUAUAAGCAAUAUUUAUAUUUUUGCCAAAAGAGGAGUGUACGAUGAAUCGCCGGUUCUUUUAAGGUUCAAUAAUCUUUCUGUGUAAUAUUGUCGUAAAAGUCUCGAUUACCAAAGUCGAUUGAUUUUUAUUGGUAAUUAUAUUAUACUGUAAAAAUAUUUAAGAAACAAAGUUUUUGUGAUUACAGUGCAUCGUUAAAAAUUUAAUUGAUUUCUAAGCGCGUUUUGAAAUACUAUGUCUGAAGUUUAUAUAAAUAAAAACAAUUGAUUUAAAAAAUGCAGAAAACUGUUAUUAAUGUUAACGUCGUUAUAUAUAAAAAGUGCUUAAUUUACAUUAUCAAACCAUGUGGUUUACUUUUACCUAGGCUAUAUACUUUAGCGGGGGAAAUAUGUAAUAUUAUAAAUAAAUUUUAAUCGACUAGUAUUAUAUUGCGUCUAUACUAGAUUAAGGAAAAUAAAGGGAAAAAACGAUUUAAGAAAUUAUACGUUUAAUAAUCGAAAAAGACCAGAUGUCGCAUUCCACCGGCUCACGCAGUAUUGUGACUUUCGCACCGUUCAUACAUUAUCAUUUAACGGAAUGUAGAAACUCAGAGACUGAGGUGAACCUAGCCCACAAAAUAACUUCAAUCUACAAGUAAAUCUGAGAAUAUGCAACAGCUAAGAAUUUGAUAGAGCCAUAUUUUCAACCUUAUAAAAGUUGUUCCAUCAAGUAUGAGUGGUCAAAAUAAUGCGCAUGCAAUGUAAAUCUUCCAAUAUAAAGAUUGGUUUAAAAUGUACGUAUAGAUUAUUGCGAUAAAAUUCGUGUGAAGUGACGUUUUGAUCACGAUGAAAAGGAAAAAUAUUACAAUCGCCGACUUUCGUUACUUUUAUAAUAAUCCACGUGCAUUAUUAUUUUGAAUAAUUAAAAUCAAUUUUUCUUUUUUUUAUUUAUUCAAUUCAAACAUUUAUCGAAUUGUUAUUGUAUGAAAUGUGAGAAAGACCUUUUUUCUAUCUAAAUAAGAAUAACUGAAGUAAUGAAAGGUUUUUUGUCAGUAACGAAAGAUGGUUGAAUAAUAAGCAGCGUUGUAAAUGUAAGCAACAAUAAGAAUGCAAAUAGCUAGGGACAAUAUACUGCCAAACUUUGACUAUGCACUAGUUAAUUUGUAAAACGGGGAAGAAAAUGCGGGGAAAGGUAAAUGAAUCGUCUGAGCGACUUUGACCAUAAUACGUUUCUUGUUAGUAUUUUUAUAUCACGAGAAUGUAAAUAGACGAAUCACUUUAACGAAGAUAAACAAAAGCGAUUGAAAAUGAAACUGCAAUAGAUCGUAUAAUAAUUCACAAAACAGUCGAAAGACUGUUAAAGAACCAAUGGAGCAUCGCAUUUUAUUUCGACACAAUUCUUUCGGGGUACGAGGUACCAACGCACAAAAAUAUUUAAAAAUUUGCAUAAGAAAGCUUAAAACAUAUCGAAAUACAUUUCAAAAUUUCUGCAUGUUUGCUACUACGACGUUAAACGAAUACCCAAAUUUCACUUGUUUUUGCAGAUUGUUAAAUCUCUAGAGAUUUUUAACGGCUCAUUUUGAGUAUCUCGAAUUCCAUUGGUUCUUCAGGCUUUUAUUAUAUUAUACAUUUAAUAUAUAAAAAUAUACAAUAUUUAAUAUAAUAGUGACAGUAUAUCUCUUUUUGCAAAAGUUUAACGUAAGAGAUAAGUCGGAAACAAACAACCAUAUGAAGUAGAAACUUUGUACGCUCACUUUAAACGACCGUAUUUAAUCCUGUAAGAAAAAAAUCUCGAAUUGAGUUCUUUUUUCACUUUGUAUUUCUUUCCUUAGUGCCAGUUCGUCGCAGUUUUAAUUGCGAAAGCGAGCGUUAAAGUACUCAAACGAUUGGAGCAACUUAAAGGUGCCCUGGCAUUCAUAUUUGUACAUAAUGGUAUACUUAGAUGAUAAGGUUGAAACACAAUUUUGUCCAUAAAAUCUGGUUGAUGGAAGAUGCUAAAAUUGCUAAAUAAGAAAAAAAAAUUAAAAUAUACCGGCAUAAAUGUUGUCGCGUGUGCCUGUCCUUUUUCGCGUCGCGUUUGAUGUACUUAUGGUUACGCGCCUGGCGAAGUAAUAGUGUCAGAAUUCCAAGGUGAAAAAUGUGAGAGGCGUUUAAUCGAUCUUCUCAAUCUCAAAUAACGAUGUAAGAAAAGGUCACUUUGUAAAAAAAAAAAAUUAUUCGGUUUAAUUGACUGGAUGCCUGUAUCGUGAUCGAAAGUGUUUUGCAAUAUUUGUCAAUAUAUAUACGCUAAAAUUUUGA